AAACUUGGUUCGGCAACAAUUUCAAACAAGACGUUAAAGGCGACCGUGCCUGCCACUGACUGUUCAGGAGCCCAGUAAAUCCUGCCAGGACUCCAGUCUCAAAACAAACCGUUUAAAACAAUACAAAGAACUCAGUUUUAAUUUUUAAAAAGUGCGCGCUUCCUAGCCGAGUUUUAAAAUCCAAAAAAUAAGUAAAUAUUAUUAUAAAAAAUGCCUUUCGCCCACGAACAACUUAAUCUGGUGGCCAGCGAGCAGCUGAGCAAAACGGAGACCAUCAAGCUGCGCAACCAGCACAUCGGGCAAGCCUGCCAGCUUUUCUAUCGCUCUGAUCCUCUGAAAAUUGUACGCGGCCAAGGUCAGUACAUGUUCGAUGAGGAGGGAAACCGGUAUCUGGACUGCAUCAACAAUGUGGCUCACGUGGGUCACUGUCAUCCCGAGGUGGUGCGAGCUGGAGCCCUGCAAAUGGCCACUAUCUCAACCAAUAACCGCUUUCUUCACGACGAGUUGGUCCAAUGCGCUCGCACCCUGACCAGCAAAAUGCCGGAGCCAUUGUCCGUGUGUUUCUUCGUCAAUUCCGGAUCGGAGGCCAAUGACCUGGCUCUCCGUCUGGCCCGUAACUUCACCAAGCGACAGGAUGUUAUUACUCUCGACCAUGCCUAUCAUGGACACUUGCAGUCGGUGAUGGAGGUGUCUCCAUACAAGUUCAACCAGCCUGGCGGUGAAAUAAAGCCCGAUUACGUGCAUGUUGCUCCCUGUCCGGAUAUUUACGGCGGAAAGUUUACGGAUAAGAUGUAUCCGGAUGCGGAUAUGGGUGCCCUGUAUGCCCAGCCCAUUGAGGAGAUCUGCCAAAAGCAGUUGGCUAAGGGCCAGGGCGUUGCUGCCUUCAUCGCUGAGAGCUUGCAGAGCUGUGGUGGACAGAUUUUACCACCAGCUGGAUAUUUCCAGGCCGUAUACGAUGCGGUUCGAUCCGCUGGAGGCGUUUGCAUUGCUGAUGAGGUGCAGGUGGGAUUCGGUCGUGUGGGUAGCCACUACUGGGCUUUCGAGACCCAGAACGUCAUCCCCGAUAUUGUGUGCGUGGCCAAGCCCAUGGGCAAUGGACAUCCAGUGGGAGCAGUGGUCACCACUCCUGAAAUUGCCCAGGCCUUCCAUGCCACCGGCGUGGCCUACUUUAACACAUAUGGAGGCAAUCCGGUGUCCUGUGCGAUCGCCAAUGCAGUGAUGCGAGUGAUCGAUCAAGAGGGUCUGCAACAAAAAGCCCUCGUCCUGGGAGAUUAUCUGUUGGAGGAGUGCAAUCGCCUGAAACAGGAGUUUGAGUGCAUCGGUGAUGUUCGUGGCACGGGACUCUUUGUUGGCAUUGAAUUGGUUCAGGAUCGGGCGGAGCGUAUUCCGGACAAGAAGGCCGCCCACUGGGUGGUUAACCGAAUGAAGCAGUUGCACAGAGUGCUCGUCUCCUCUGAUGGUCCCAACGACAACGUCAUCAAGCUAAAGCCUCCCAUGUGCUUCAACCGGGAGAACGCCGAUGAAUUCCUGUUAGCCUUCCGGGAAUGCUUGACAGCCGUGAUGCAAGAUCGACUGGCCAGUGCAGCAUCCGCUGCCAUGGCUGCCACUAGUGGCGUCAUUGCCACCGCCGCCGAAACGCUGGCCAACAAGACAAAGCUCUUCGAGCGCCAAGAUCGUCUCAUCAAGUCCGUCUGAGGAAGUGCUUGCUGGUUGGCGAAUGCCACCACCAACACAGCCUCUCCGCCCGGGCACAAAAUAGCUUUAGCCACGAAGGAUGUUUAAAUUAUUCCAUAAACCCCAUUUCCAAUGUCCUUUUUCCUCUAUUCCAUGUUAUCUCCAACAUUUUAAUUUGAUUAGAUCUAGUGCCAUUUAUCCGUAAUCUACGCAUAUUAACGCUGUAUAACCAUUAUUAUGUUCGUCAAUUUUCUUCUAGUAUCUAGAAACGUAGGGAGCUCAAAACGAAUUUUUUCCAUUGUUACAUGUAUAUAUAAAGUUUUGAUAAUAUUAAGUAUAAUAUGUUAAAAAUGUUAUUAAAAAGUUACGUAUAUUUUGUAAAA